AUGAAAGCAGGAGGUGCAAAGUGUGAAGCUGAGGGCUGCGAAGGUCAUCGGCUACCGCAAUUACAAACCUUAAACUUUACCAACUCGAAUGAUUUUGUGGGAGCUGAUUGUGAAUCAGCCUUUGCAACGAAAGAUAACACCCUGGAUUGUCCGCCCAAUGAAAACUCUCAGCUGGGUUCCAGUGGUGAAAGCAUUAAAAGAAUUAUUAUGCGCUUGAAACAGAGUGCGACCGAGGUAAUCAAAGCAAUGCAUUCGCCUGAAGAAGCCUUGAAUAACGAAGUAUCUUUAAAGGCGCUCGCUUGCAUGCCUUCGCCGUUGAGCAACGUGUCGAAGGAUUCAAAGCACCAGUGGUGUGAUCAGACGAAAUCCAAUGCUCCUCAAAGGCGCGUUCAAUGUCCAUUCAACAUGGAAGCACAAACUAUCGUCUACAAUCCUUCCACAGAAAGUAACCGACGAUGUGGGCAAUUCGGGCCAUACAGUACUUGCGACCAGUUGAUAACUCCAGCAUCUAGUAUGUCAAGGGAAAAUACUAGCGGUAAGGCAGCAUUGCCUGCCUGUAAACGAAACUGCCUCUCAUCAGCCGAUGAGACGAUGCAAUCGCUACGUACUGCAGCGUGUGAAAUAGAAAAAGUCAUGAAAAGUAUUGGUGCAUCGACGGUGAAUUGUCCAGCACAAGCAGGCUCAACAGUCCUUGAAUGCGGCACGACAACGAGGUCGGCAUCGCGACAUGCAGUGGACAAUGCAGAUUCGAAAGCAGAGUCUUCUCCGUAUUCGCCUACAUUCUUAGACUCACCCCAGUUGCGUGAUUGGAUAGAGCUUCUUCAAAAUCUCGCUCGGUGUAUGCAACCGAAUGCCCAAUUUCCUAAUAGUGACCUCAAGUGCAUGAUCAUGUGUACAGUGAAUAUUCUACAGGAUAUUCAAAAGUCAAUGGAUAACCUGGAUUCCGAAGCCUGCACUGUACAUGAAUUACAGCAGAGGACCAAUGGUCAAUGCAAUGAAUUUGUGGACAAAUCAACUGUAAUCCGUCCAAAUGAAAAAGAACUCACGGGGUCACUUCUACUGUGCAGGCUAAUGGAAAUAUUUGAAAAGCUUAUUCUCUCCAUGCGACCAAAUGCAGCUCCUCUACGCCAUGAUCUUGGAUCAUCGCUCUCCUGCUCAUUGUCGAUCAUAAGGGAUAUAAUUCAAACUGAGUGUCUUGAGUCACGCAAGCUUCAGACAAUUGGUAAAAUUUUGAAAUGUCUUCAAAGUGAAAUCUGUCGACAAGUUGGAGAGAAUUCGGAUAUCCUGCCAAAAAUACGUGAAAUUCAGGAGAUACUUCAAAUCUUGGACAGUGAAGCCGCUAUAGACAGACAGUGCGUACCUACCCAACAUGAUAUGACAUUGCAAAAGACGACUCAACUCUCAAACAUUAUUAUGGAGAUUCAAAAGCUCCUCCUCUGCAGCAGACCAGACGUGGUGUUUCCAGAUUGCGAUGUUCAAUCCACGAUUAUUUGCAUAAUGCUAUUUCUGAAGGAUAAUAUUCAGUCGGGAAUUCUCAAUGUCAGUACUUCAGAGAAGGUAGCACAGCAACUGCAAAGUCUUGAAGGUGAAAUAUUGAAGCAAGGCUUGCACAAUUCGAGACUGAUAGAUAGUAUUUGCGAAGUGCAACAAUAUAUUAAAAAAAUUAAUAGCUCGAGAGCGAUUAAUCAUUUGGAUCCCUGUCGAUUGCAAUUAAAAGAGACGCCUAUUUUGAGCAAGAUCGUAGUAAUACUUCAAAGGGCCAUCCAGCACAUCAAAGAUGAUGCCAACUUUCCAACUUGUGACUUGGAAUUGAGAAUUUUAGGCUUACUGAAAAUGUUGAAGGGCGCACUCCAGUUGGUGCGUCCUGAUGACAAGGUUUUGAAAAGGUUGGAAAAGAUUAUGCGAUGUCUUGAAUGUGAGGUGUCCAAGCAAGGUUUGCAACAGUCCGAUAUUGGUGCAGCUGUCCUUGAAGUUCAACAGAUUCUACUGAAACUGCAGGAUGCAUGUGACCAGGGCCUUGGUGCAAUUAAGGAGACGCCUCAGCUGAACGAAGUAAUAGCGAAACUUCGCGAAUUCAUUCAAUGCAUGACACCAAAUGUCUGUUUUCCAGAAAAUGACACUGAAACUAUGGUUAUUGCAUUACUAAAUGCUCUAAAGAAAGUAAUUACACCGACAAGCACCAUGCCUGACACAGUGGAAAGAGUGCUGGAACUGCUGAAGGUUCUAGAAUGUGAGGUGCGUAAUCAAGGGGUUGGUGAGUCUAAGGUUUCAGCCUGCAUUCACGAGAUUCAAUGCAGUCUAGCACAAAUUACAACUUCAAAUGCUCCGCAGAUACCCAGCAAUGAGUCUAUUAAGAGGGCUUUGAACGCCUUAGUUACCGCCAAUACUUGCAUCAAAAACUUGGAACACAUGCUAUGUCAGUAUGUUGAAACGCCUCCACAGUCUAAGAAUGUGCCCGUUGGAAGAGUAGUCGAAUACAGCGGGACUUAUCCUUGUAAUCAAGAAGAAAUAUCACCCCCUUCUGCUGAAGCCCCCCUUCCCGUUGAAUACACUGGAACUGCCCAAAACGAUCAUCCCUUUGAACAUGAUGAAGCGCCAGCAGCAGCUGAUGGCCUAACAGUCGAACAGGCCUUAAAUGCCGGUCCACCUAAUAGUGACAAACCAUCACCAUCUUCUGCCGACUAUCCUGAUGGCCAGCCAGUUGAGUACAGUGGGACCUCUCUGAAGCCCUACCCCUUUACUCACGAUGAAUGGCAGAUCGCUGAAGCAAAUGGGACUAUUUUCUCGGGAGCCCGAUCAAACAAUCUAUCCGACCGUUUUGCCGAACCAGGAGUAAGCGGCAACAGUCAGAAUAGCGAUAACAGCAAAAACCAAAACAACAUUCAUGAAUGGAAUACUGACGAGUGUUUGAAAGAACCUCACUCAGAAUAG